AUGGAUACUCUCUACGGUAUUAGCAACUCAAAAGUUCCUAAACGCAGCAGUCUGUCAUCUAUAAACAACUUUGGACCGCAAAAUCCUUUCUAUCAUCACACAGGUCCUAUGCUAGAUCCAUAUGCAUCACCUGAAGGCCACACUACUGUUUUAAAGGAUUUGAAUUCCCCAUUCCUCAGAUAUUUGCAAUCUGCUAGGUCGCUUUUUACGGCGCCCGUGUCUGCUGGGGAUCAUCUGCCUUCAGCUGGAUACAAGUAUCACCGCAGUAGUCAUCGGAGUGCUGAAAGCUCAUCAAGAUUUGAGCCACCACGUCAGUCAAGGGCACCUUUACUUUUUAGCAACACUCCAGUGAAGGUGGAGGAAGAUGUUCUGGUGAUGGAUGGUGUACUUGUGAAGAAUCCACCAGUUGAUAGAGGUAGAUCUUUGUCGUCAUUGUCUUUAACAGAUUCUGGUGUCUCUUCAUCCUCCAGUGGUAAGGACUAUAAGAUGGACCUUUGUCUGUCUUACUUGGAGAAUUCUGGCUUCUGCCGCUAUGGAUUGAAAUGUCAGUUUGCCCACGGAAACAAGGAGCUGCGCCCAUCACCAUUUUCUUUCAGGACCACGCUAGAGACCCCUUGCAAGAAUUAUAACGUCUCAGGAUCAUGUUCAUUUGGCUCCAAGUGCCAUUUUCUUCACCAUGAAACAUCUGCAGCACCAUCUCAAACAGUCGCCACUUCAACUACUCGGACCAUCUCACCAAUCAAACUAGAUGAACCUGCCACCAGCACUGUAAACCUUAAAAGCACCGAGUGGUCUCCUCUGGAUGAUGAUAUCGAGAUUCCUGCACCAACCAAUAACACCCCAUCGAAGGAAGAUGUUGAGGCUCUCAUAACCAAGGCUGUUUAUGGUCCCAGCAGAAUAAAAAGACUGCCAGUGUUCGGUCAGAUCUGCCCAGAGUAG